AUUACUUGAAACAAAUUCCAAGAUGUCCUAGAUUUUCAUUUUUCUUCGACGGCCAUUUAAUCAGGCCACGAGCUUUUAACAAAGAAAAGCAAAGCCCUUUUAAAGAUAACUAUGGGUCUGAGUGACACCCUUAGGCCGUCACUACUGGCCUCGAACGGUGAAAACUGGAUCACAUCGCCUGAAUUAGUUCGAUCAAAUUUGCAUUUUGAGCCUGAAAUAUUUGUUAGUUCGGCUACGCAUCUUCUGGCAAAUCCAAAUUUGACAUCCGGACACCUCUUUCGGGCGGAUAUUCUGUUUGACAGCUCCGGCAUAUUGAAGACUCCGGCGGAAAAGGAGAGAGAGACUGCUAGCUCCGAAGAUGUUUCUGUCGAUGUUUACCAGGAGUUGGCUGUUGAGCCUUUGCCUGCUCCAGCUUUUGAUUCUUUUUCCUUGACUAGAACAAUUUUGAGGAGAUUUAUUCCCAGGAAACAGAAGUUGGACCCCAUGCUGGAUCAAACCUGUCACUUUUAUUCGCAGACAGCUGUUAUGCAGGAUCAGGGUGUAAAAGUAGAAAGGUGCCUUUUGAUAUAUCUGCCCCAUUUCUCAUCCGAGGAGCAAGUUCCUUUUUACCAUCCAUGUGUUCGGGGUUUGGGGUUUCUAUACGAGUUCUCCAGACCGUUGUUUGGCGAUUCCGACAGUUCGUCUAAGGGUACGGGGACUUUAUCACUUCACUUCAUUCCAUUCUCCCAUGGCAUACCAGAAACAGUACCAUACCGUCUUGAACGCACGUGUUUAGCACUAUUAUCAACACAUGUCCGCCUCGCUCGCAGCCCAUCAGCUAAAUCCAAUACAACCGGAAGCCAACCGAAGCCGUACAAGGAUAACAUCAUCCCUCAACAUGUGGUUCAGACAACAUAUGCAAGAUUAAAGGAUAAAUAUGCAUCGAUUCUGAUUCAAAACUGGGCCGAGGUUACAGAGCCUUCGAAACAUGUCUUUGAAGAUAUUGCCAUAGCGGCUUUCUUAAUCGAGCUUUGGAAGAUUAUGUAUACCCAAAAUUCUUGCAAUGGGCAGGAAGAGUGUGAGAAGAGAAAAUCAGCAACCUCCUCGUUUCCUGGCUUUGUGGAUAUCGCCUGUGGAAAUGGUGUGCUGGUCUACCUCCUGCAUGCUGAAGGCUACAGAGGAUGGGGGUUCGAUGCGCGAAGACGCAAAAGCUGGGAGAAGUACCCACCCUCAACGCAAGACCGUCUCAAGGAGAGUAUCUGCAUACCAUCAAUAUUUCGAAGCGCAGCAUCCGAACAAAUCCCAGAUACCGUCGAAACCAACGACGGCGUUUUCGAAAAGGACACAUUCAUAAUCUCAAACCACGCCGACGAACUUACAAUCUGGACCCCUCUUCUCGGUGCUCUGGCCCAGCCAACCUCCCCUUUACCAUUCCUCGCCAUCCCUUGCUGCUCGCACUCCAUAUCAGGCAGCAAAUAUCGAUAUCCACCGCCCAAAAAGCCGUCAGCGAAGUCAAAUACGGAAGGUCAGCCCAACGAGAAGCACAGCCAGGACACUCAACCCUCGACUGGCGAUUUAAAAGCCCUUCGUGCUACUAAACUUGCCGAAAGAGACGAUCCAGGCCUCCCGUCUUCCACAUACGGAGCAUUGACUGCCAAAACGGUGAGCCUCGCGGAAGAGCUUGGGUACGACGUCGAGAAGACACUGAUGCGCAUCCCGAGUACGCGAAAUAUUGGAAUAAUUGGUGGUUUAAAUACUUGGAAAGCGUCAAAAGGUAACCAGGGGAAUAGCACUGGCGAGAGUUGGGACAGCGGGGAGAUGGAAGAGCGGGUUCGGCAAGUGGUGGAACGUGAGGCCAUGAAGGACGGUGGCUUGAAAGCUGCAGCAGGCAUUUGGAUCGAUAGGUCGUUGGGAUUACAUCGAGGUCAAGGGAGAGGGAAAGUAAAAGGCGGCGAACAGCAUGGAUGA